UGCUCGUUUUUCUUGACGACUGAAAGCUCAGUCUUAGUAGAUCGGUGUUUGUGUUUGGUUGUAAGUUGUUUGAAAAAAGUCUGAUAUGUUUGAGGCGGAUAUUGCUUCUAGGCAUUAAAGCCAUUUAAAAAGAAAAGAAGAUUUCAGCAUAAAUAUAAAAGAUUAACUCGUCUUCGUAAAUUCAAAAGCUUGAAAAAUGACAAUAAUCGUCUUCCUUGUUGAUACAUCGGCUUCUAUGAAUCAACGUGCCUAUCUAGGAGGGCGUCCUUCACUGCUGGACGUGGCGAAGGGUGCUGUUGAGACUUUCGUAAAAAUCAGGCAAAGGUCUCCAGAAAGUCGUGGUGAUAGGUACAUGCUUCUCACUUUUGAAGAACCUCCUUUCAAUAUUAAGGCUGGCUGGAAGGAAAAUUUGGGAACAUUUAUGAAUGAAUUGAAGAAUCUUCAAGCAACUGGACUAUCAACACUGGGGGUUGCACUAAAAAGUGCAUUUGACCUUUUAAAUGUCAAUCGAAUGCAAACAGGCAUUGACAUGUAUGGUCAAGGAAGGCAUCCUUUUUUUCUAGAGCCUGCUGUUAUAGUAGCAAUAACUGAUGGUGGAAAGCUAGCCUACAAUGGAGGAAUCCACGAAGAGUUGAAUUUGCCAAUGAACAACAACAUUCCUGGUGCUGAAUUGACACGUGAGCCGUUUCGUUGGGACCAGCGACUGUUUAGCUUAGUGUUAAGACUUACUGGAACUCCUCCUCUUGAAAGAGAUCCUAUGGGAUUGGUGCCUAGUGAUGGUUCUCCUAUUGAUACAAUGUGUGAAGUGACAGGAGGACGUUCGUAUGCCAUAACCUCGCAUCGUAUGCUAAUGCAGUGUGUUGAUAGCUUGGUUCAAAAGAUUCAAAGUGGCGUAGUUAUAUAUUUCGAAAAAAUUGGACCCGAUCCUCCACUUUUAGCAGAAGGAAAAGGAGAUUGUUCAAGUAGUGAAGUUUUGCUUGAUGACGAUAGUAAAGCCGUGUUUGCAGGAUCAUCCUGGCAGGUUUGUAGAAGAAUGAUAUAUGUCCCACGUUCAGCUCAAAAAGGUUUUGCUGUUGGAUUUUGGCCUAUUCCCGAGGCCUUUUGGCCAGAUGUGAAUGCUCCCUCACUGUCUCCUCGAACUGCUCAUCCCGUUGUCCAGUUUACAUGCACUAAUCAAGAACCUAUGAUAAUUGAAAAUCUUCCGUUCGACAAGUAUGAAGUGGAACCUUGUCCAUUAACUCAAUACAUUCUAUCAAGAAAGCAGGCGUCCACGUGUUGGCAGGUAUUUGUUCCCAACAGCUACAGGAGUUCUGAGUCUGGACAUCCAUUUGGAUAUCUUAAAGCAAGCACAAAUCUUCAAUCGGUGAAUCUUUUUGUGAUGCCUUAUAAUUAUCCUGCAUUACUCCCACUUUUGGACGAACUUUUCCGAGUGCAUCGUUUGAGACCAACAGCUGAAUGGCGAGGGCAUUUCGCAAACUACCUGCGAACUAUGCCACCUUAUUAUGCCGCACCACUGCGACGUGCUUUGACCAGGAUGGGUGCCCCUAAUUUAGCCUCUACAUUGAUACCUGAAUCAUUGGACAAUAAUCUGAGUUAUAGCAUAGUUAAUUAUUUGAAAAGGUUGAAACAUCAGGCUAAGGUUGAAUUUGACAGAGUUUGUUCCGAAGUUGGAAGAACUCGGCAGGUCGUUGUUGAUUCUAUUAAGGUCAUUCCAAGAUCUGCGUUUCGUAAAGACUUUAUUACCAAUCCCAACCUUAUUGACAAAUUUCUGAAUUUACGUGAGCAGAUGAAUGAAUUUCCUGGUUUUGCUUUAGCUUUGAAAGAACGAGAAAUGCGAGCUCAAAAUCUUCGUAAUCCUUUUGAUAUUCCUCGAUCCACGCUUCUGGAUCAAGUUGCCAGAAUGAGGGCGAACUUUUUGCAACCUUCUCUAGCUCACACAAAAUUGCAAGACGAAGAUGAUGUACACAGUAUGCCUGUUGGUCAGAUGGGAAAUUAUCAGGAAUAUUUGAAGCGAAUAGCCCCUCCUUUGAGAGAGAUAGAAUCGACACCAGUUAGACAACAUAUGUUUGGAAACCCCUUCAAAAUUGACAAGCGGAUGAUGGUGGAUGAAGCUGAUAUUGACCUAGUUGGUGGCAGUUCUGCACAAAGUGGUGGACGAGGAGCCAAGCGUCCUUCUGAAUCUCCUAAUCCGAUUCCUUUUAGGCCGUCCAAACGGAAAGCUGGUCCAUUGCCUCGUGAUUUGUAUAUUCGACGACCGUUCUCACCGUUGUCUUCGGCGUCUCCUUCACCGCCGCCUUCUCCUAUUCCAAUGUUGCUUGGAGACAUGGAAAUCAGACCUGAUAGUCCUUUGCCUAGUGUUAAUUCUCCUGUAUUCUCUUCGCCAACGAUUGGGCAUGUAGACAGCGAAGAUGAAUCUGAUUCACUAGUCAUAGCUGAUUAUAGUAUUGAUCCACCGGCUGAGACAUCUCUUCUAAAUGGAACUUCAAAGUGCACGCUUAUGGAAGAUCCUCCAAUUGAUAAUCCGAUAGUUACGCCUUUUCCACUCCAAACUUUGACUGAAAAUGGUACAAUAGGGAGUCCUGACACUCUUGCUUCUACCAUGACCAAUCAUCUUGUUAAUGGUGAUAUUAAAGACGUAUACGGAAACCACGAGAAUAGCAGUUACAGUUUUCUUAAUUGCACCGGCGUUGGCGACAAACUGUCUCUUAAUGGAAAUUUACGACGCUCCGAAAUUCAAGAAAUACAACAACAUAAUCUUCAAGUCAAAUCUGCUGCAUGUCGAGCAAUUAAACGACCUGGCAGGAAUUUUAGUGGCGUUUUCAAUGAACUUUCCCGUCUUAAAGGGUCGUUGGACUUACGCAAAUCUGUAGUCAUGGAUGUUAUCAGCGAAUGUCUCAGAUUUAAGCGUCGUAUUUUGGCUGAUCUUGUUAGGCAAUUUCUUAACAGCCUUGGAAGAGACCCAGAAGUUUUAUAAUGUGUAAUUUUUUGUGAAACUAUUGCUCUCAAGAUGUAGGCUUGAAAUUCAAAACAGAAUCAUUAAGCUGUUAAAACAAAAAUGAUGUGCCCAGUUUUAGUAUUUAUUUCAUUUAUCUUCCAUGAACAAGUUGAUAUUGUGAUGUACUUGUAAGCAUGUAAGCACACCAAUGAGUGAUACUGGAGCGUUCCUUCGUGUGAUUUAAAAAAAAAAAUUUAAGUAAAAUUUGGUAA